AUCUUUCUUUUCUAUAUAUAUUUUACUCUUUUAAGAAAACACAAAUCAAACAAUGGUCGUCGCUACUGCUGCCUCAAACUCCCAGAAACCCGCUGGUGUUCCAUACAACCCUGAAGAGGCUCAUAAGGCCAAGCUCUUUGAGCCUAUCACCUGCAAAUCCGUCACUCUCCACAACCGCGUCGCCGUGCCUCCUAUGUGCAUGUAUUCUGCCGAGGAUGGUGCUCUGAACGAUUUCCACAUCGCACACUACGGAUCCAUAGCCAUCCGCGGUGCUGGUCUGAUCAUCAUUGAAGCAACUGCUGUCGAACCUCAGGGUCGCAUCACCCCUUCCGAUUCCGGUCUCUGGAACGAUGACCAGAUCGAGCCUCUGAAGCGUGUCGUCGAUCUUAUCCGAUCCCAAGGAUCCGUUCCAGGCCUUCAGAUCGCCCACGCUGGUCGUAAGGCAUCCAUGUCACCUCCUUUUAUUGGGGAUUUUAUUGUUUCCGAUGCUGAAGGUGGAUGGGCUGAUGAUGUCCGUGGUCCAUCCGAACUCAAAUUUGCCGACCACUACCCUGCACCAAAGCCUCUCACCAAGGAAGGUAUUAAGGAAAUGGUCCAAAAGUGGGUUGAUACUGCCAUUCGUGCUGAUAAGGCUGGUGUUGAGGUUCUUGAGCUCCACAAUGCUCAUGGCUACCUUGUCCACAGCUUCUUGUCUGGAAACUCUAACAACCGUACUGACGAGUAUGGUGGAUCACUCGAGAACCGUAUGCGUUUCCCAUUGGAGAUUGCAAGGGCUGUUCGUGCUGUCUGGCCUGACCACAAGCCUCUCUGGGUUCGUAUUUCAGCCACUGACUAUGCUAACCCUGAUUCGUUGGGUCACGACGAAAACGGUUGGGAUGUCUACCAGUCAAUCGAGUACGCCAAAGAACUGAAGAAGAUCGGUGUCGAUGUUAUCGAUGUCUCAAGCGGUGGUCACCUUUCCAACGUCAAGUACCCUCCUCCUUCUCUUUACCAGGUCCCAUUGGCCAAUGCUGUCAAGCACGGAGCUAAUAUCCCUACCGGUGCAGUCGGUUACAUCCAUACCGGAAAGCAGGCCGAAGAGAUUCUUGAAAAAGAUGAGGCUGAUUAUAUCCUUGUUGGACGUGAGUACCUUCGUCACCCUACUUGGGUUAUGGAAGCUGGUAAUGAUCUCGGUGUGGACCUCAACUUCCCUAAGCAGUACACAUGGGCCUUGCGCAGAGCACGCAAGACAAACAAGGUCAAGGAUGAUUCCAACUAAUUUUUUUUAAAAAAAAACAAAACAAUGAAGACAAGUUAAAAACUUGAUACUGUAUACAUAACUAGAGUAAAUUAGUAUAUCGUUUUGUAUAUAUAUAUAUAUAUAUACUCUGUAAUAUUCUUACACUAGAUAAAACCAAUUCUUUCUUAUUUGAAAACUAUAUAAAUAUUUAUAUAUGUUUUGUUUAUUAAAAGAAAAAAUACAAAAAGAUAUAUACGUAUAUAUAAAGGAGUUCUCAUAUAUAGACAAAAAAUCCAGUUUAUAGACUUUGGAUAUUAAAGAAGUGUAUACACACACACACACACAAAUAUGUUUAAUAGCU